UCCCAGCAGGUGGUGGUGAGGAUGCACCAUGCGUGUAGGGUUCGAGGCCUGGAGACUCAACUGAUGUGGGCCAUCUCCAAGGAGACAAACAGACUUAGUCCAGAGGGCAUCCCCUACUGUGCCACCAAGGUGCAGUCCAUCUCUUGGAUCCAGUAUGUGGCUGGCAGGGUGACCCAGUAUGCGUCUCACCUCCGCCACGAGACGUCUGUGGCCGUGACGCUUGGCUGCUACCAGCAAACUGAUGUCUCGGUGGCGUACGCAACUCUCCACAUGGGGCUGGAUGGGCUGCUCUCCUUCUCGGCGUGGUCGGAGGCUGCCUCCGUCUCUACGCCCACCACUCAGCAGUUCACUGAGCCAGAGCCUGAGGCCCACAACUGCUAUGAGGGCUGGGAGGAGGACCUGCUGCCUGAGGAGAGGGAGGUUCCUCUGCUAAACCUCUACCUUACCACCAAGAGAGUGGAGGACAUCGGCCUGAGGCUCAUCUCCCUGCGCCAGGCCUUUACUACCCUGCUCGGUUCCACCCUGAGCAGGAACCAUCUGUUUGUGGCGGGAAAGGUCCUACUGGGCGCACUGGUUCAGGUCCACCAGAUGGAUGAGGCCGAAUUCAUCCGUGCCUAUAACGCACUUUGUGAACUACCUGAACGCCCUUUUGAGCUGGUGCUGUUUGGGAUGAUGACAGCUCAGAAAUCCCUGAUGGUGCAACCUGGUGGGUUCAUGGAGCGUCUGUACGCUCUCCUGUACUCCUUCCUGCCCACUGUUGCCAGCAUUGAGCCAAAGGCUGAGAGAUACCUGUUGCUGCUCAAUGGCGGGCUGAUGGCUCUGCUAGAUGACAUGUUUGGGCAGCAGCUGGCCUGGUACUUUAACCGAGAGUCUCUGGUCACUGAGCUCUCCAGCCUCCUGGAGUACCACCUGGAGUACCUCAUGGCCAGCAUGUAGUCCUACUGCAGAGACCUGAAGGGCCACGCCUCUCUCUCUCUC